CGUCCAUUCAGUGGUUGAUGGUGAUAAUCUGCCCAUGGUGGAGCAAAGUCUAUUGGGUCGUAAAGUGAUGAACACUUAGGACACUUCCUUGUUUCUGUCAUACAAACGGAUGGAAAAAUAACGUUUGGACACAUGCCUGUGGUACAAAAGAGGUUGUCAAAAUGGUGAUGUUAAAAAAGGGGGACCACGUCUGGAUUGAGUCCAGUAUUGGGGUCCCUAUUGGAGGUUAUGUGAAGAUCUCAGGCAGUGGACAGUACUGCCUCAUUGACGAUGAAGGAAAGGAGCAUUCGAUCCCGGAGGGGGAUCGGGCUGCUCUGAAGCCCAUGCACCCCACAUCAGUGGAGGGUGUGGAUGACAUGAUCUGCUUGGGAGACCUCAGUGAAGCCGGUUUACUCAGAAACCUGUUCCUGCGCCACAAACAGGGCAUUAUUUAUACAUAUAUCGGCUCUGUUCUCGUGGCGAUGAAUCCCUAUGAGAUGCUGCCCAUCUACACAGCAGACCAGGUGCAGCAGUAUCAUGGGCGUAAACUGGGAGAACUUCCUCCGCAUAUCUUCGCCAUCGCUGACAGCUGUUACUUCAACAUGCGUCGCAACAAACGCAAUCAGUGCUGCAUCAUCAGUGGAGAAUCUGGAGCAGGAAAGACAGAAAGCACAAAGUUGAUUCUUCAGUUUUUGGCUGCAGUGAGCGGACAGCACUCCUGGAUCGAGCAGCAGAUCAUACAGGCCAACCCCAUCCUGGAGGCCUUCGGAAAUGCCAAAACUAUUCGCAAUGACAACUCCAGCCGCUUUGGGAAAUAUGUGGAGAUCUUCUUUAAUAAGGCGGGUGUCAUAGAGGGAGCUCACAUGGAGCAGUACCUGCUGGAGAAGUCCCGUGUCUGUCAUCAGGCACUGCAGGAAAGGAACUACCACAUAUUUUACUGUAUGUUAGCUGGGAUGCAAAGUGAUCAUAAGAAGACUCUCUCCCUAGGUGAUGCAUCAGAGUUCAAUUAUCUGACCGAGGGGGAUUGUUUGACUUGUGAUGGUCGGGACGAUGCUGAUGAGUUUGCACGGAUUCGUUCCGCUCUGAAGGUCCUCACUUUCACAGACAGGGACUGCUGGGAAAUCUUCAAAUUACUCGCUGCCAUCCUCCACAUGGGCAAUAUUGACUUUCAGAGCACUAUAAUGAAUAACAUGGACAGCUGUGAUGUUCUGUCCUCCAGUCACUUCUCUGUAAUUGCCAAGUUGUUGGAGGUGGAUGAUGCUGCUCUUGAUAAGAGUCUGACCCAUCGCUCCUUCAUGACAAACAGAGAGAUGGUCACUAAACCCCUCAGCUCAGAACAGGCCACAGACAUCAGAGAUGCCUUCGCCAAGGCUCUGUAUGGAAGGUUGUUUGUUUGGAUGUUCACAAAAAUAAACAGCGCCAUUCACAAACCCCAGACCGACGAGCCCUCUUACACACGCCAGUCUAUUGGUCUGCUUGACAUUUUUGGCUUUGAGAAUUUCCCUCAAAACAGUUUUGAACAGCUGUGCAUCAAUUUCGCCAAUGAGCAUCUGCAGCAGUUUUUUGUGAGGCACGUCUUCAAGCUGGAGCAGGACGAGUACACUAAAGAAGGCAUUUCAUGGAAACGCAUUGCUUUCAAUGACAACCAGAAAACCCUGGACCUACUAGCCCUUAAACCUCUCAACAUACUGGCUCUGAUUGAUGAGGAGAGCCAUUUUCCUAAGGGGACAGAUGCUACGAUGCUAAACAAACUGAGCCAAGAACACAAAGGCAACAAACUUUACAUUUCAUCCAGGGGCGACCAUCGGAUACAUUUUGGUGUUCAACACUUUGCUGGGUUGGUUUAUUAUGACUGCGAAGGUUUUUUGGAGAAGAACAGAGAUACUGUGAGCAUGGACAUCUUGGAGCUGAUUCGGAAAUCUUCCAACAAGUUGCUUAAGCAGAUCUUUGAGAAAGAGAUCAAUGUAAACUCGGUGAAGAAUUCGAACAAAAUGAACAAAGCUGUCAUGACGCCAAAGAAUUCAUUACGACAAGUUAACGAAUCAAGGAGACAGAUUUCCACUCUGAGCGGCCAGUUUCGCCAGUCUCUGGACUCUCUGAUGAAGGCUCUUUCUCUCUGCCAACCCUUCUUCAUACGCUGCUUCAAGCCAAACGAUAAAAAGUUGCCCAUGGUAUCAAUUCACUUCAACAUCACUUACAUCUUGAGCAGCUGUGAGGACGCUUUUAAGAUGACGUUUUCUCUUUAUUUUCCUCAUCAGGUUUUUAACAGAGAGCUCUGCAUGCAGCAACUUCGCUACUCUGGAAUGCUGGAGACCAUUCGAAUACGCAAGUUGGGAUAUCCCAUCCGUCACACCUUCAAGGACUUCCUGCAUCGCUACCGAGCACUCUUGAAGUCCAUUGACUGCGACCCCAACACUGAGCCUGCUGCCAAAUGCUGCGCUGCCAUCUGCAGAACUUUAAUCAAAGAUGAAGAAGAUUGGAAGAUUGGCAAAACCAAAGUUUUUCUCAGGGGUCAUCAUGACACUUACCUAGAACUGGAGCGAGCGCAGGAGCUUUACAGGAAGGCUCUCAUCAUCCAAAGAGUGAUGCUCGCUCAUAAAGACAGAAAAAACUUUAUAAACAAAAGGAAGGCAGCUCUGGUUUUGCAGAAGAACUGGCGUGGCUACAAAGAAAAGAGGGACUUUUGCACAGUUAAGCAGGGAUUUGCUCGGCUGCAGGCGAAAGUACGCAGUCGGAAGCUCCAUGAAGAGUACAUGCGCAGACGGGCUGCCGCCAUCGUUCUGCAAACACAGACCCGUGGCUUACUCGCCAGGAAAGAGCUGAAAUCUAAAAAAGAGGCCGUGAUUCUGCUGCAGGCACAGACCAGGGGACUGCUGGCCAGGAAAAGUCUCAAGAGAAUGAAAUCAGAGGAGUUUUUGACAGCACAAGAAAAACAAGCUCAGGAGCUGGCAGCUUUGGAGCUUCAGCAACGGUUGGAGGAGCUGCUCAGAAAAAACGAAGAAACUGCCAAAUCCCAGAAUAAUGAAGAUGAGGAAAUGGUGGAGAAUAUUUUCAACUUCCUCCCGACUGCAAUCGCAGGACAAGAGGGCCCGGCUCCUGAGGGUUUUGAGGAAUUUGAAGCAGAACCGGCAAAAUUAGAAGAGGUUGAAUUAAUUGAGAGCCCUGUGGUGGAGACCAAGGUGAUGUCAAUACCAGAAAGCAGUGAAGACCAUCAAGUGAAAGAAGAAGAGGAGGAGGAAGAGGACGAUGAGUUCUCUUUCUCGAAAUUUGCAUCUCUACACUUUCAAGGAGCUUCUACCCACUCGUAUAUCCAGCAGAGAUUACGGCAACCCUUGCUUUACCAUGAGGACGAAGGCGAUACCUUGGCCUGUUUGACAGUAUGGUGGAUUAUAUUGAGAUUUAUGGGAGAUCUUCCAGAGCCGAAGCAAGAACGUGUUUCUGCUAUGGCCGACCCCAUUCAGAGGAACCUCGGGCAGAGACAAGCACGGCGACUCAGUAAUCUUGUUGGAUUAGAUCAGAAAUUUUUGAGAAAGAAAAUGAAGCAGCAGAAAGGGGGAGGGAAACGAAAACACUCCGCCAUUCCUGAAGAAGAGCCAGAAGAAGAACCAAAGUCUCAAAUGGAGGCUGUUCAGGAGGAGCAGGUUGUGCUGUUUGGAGAGGGACCAACUUUUGAUCGUCCAAUGACACCCUUGGAGAAACUGCACAUUAUUGUGGGAUAUGCCAUUGUCCGACCAGAUAUAAGAGAUGAAAUUUAUUGUCAGAUCUGUAAGCAGCUGACAGGCAAUAAAAACCGCAAAAGUGUAAACAGAGGCUGGAUCCUUCUGUCCAUCUGUCUUGGUAUCUUUUCCCCUACAGAACGCCUCACUAAGUAUCUGCAAAGCUUUAUACGCUGUGGGCCAAGUGAGUACUCUGCCUACUGUGCAGAGCGGCUCCGGAGGACUCUAGCCAAUGGAGAAAGAAAUGAGCCGCCAUGUUGGGUUGAACUACAGUCUGUAGAGAAUAAGAAUCCUAUUGGAGUGGCUGUGGGUCUGAUGGAUGGCAGAAACAUCAGCCUCACUGUGGACUCCGCCAGCACCUCAGCAGAGGUGUGCACUGCCAUCAGCCAGAACACAAACCUGCAGGACAGUUUUGGCUUUUCCCUGUAUGCCGCAAUGUAUGAGAAGAUGUGGUCUCUUGGCAGUGGCAGUCAGCACAUUCUGGACGCCGUGUCUAUGUGUGAACAGGAAGAAAAGAGGCAAGGGCGAGAGGAGCAACACGCCCCCUGGCGCCUCUACUUCCGCAAAGAGAUCUUCACACCAUGGCAUGACUGUUCAUCUGACCAAAUCAGCACAGAGCUCAUCUACAGGCAGAUCAUCCAUGGACUUAAAAAUGGAGAAUAUCUGUCUGAUAAGGAGGAUGAUUAUGUGCAGCUCGCAGCCAAACAUUACUAUGUUCAGCAUGGCUCUGAAAGCAGUUUGGAAAUUGCUCAGAAGAUUGUUCGCGAUUGCAUGAAUAUGACAAUAAUCGAGAACAAGUCGUUGGUCAAACUAGUGCAGUUGGUCAAUUCUGCACACACUCAGGGUCCCUACAUAAACACCAACACACCUGUCUACAAAGUGAAAUCAGAGACUGUUGAAUAUGCUCAACAGAAGUGGCCAAUCCAUUUCUCCAAGUUAUAUGAGGCUCAAGUGAUUUCAGGUCCUUCAGUUCCUCAAGACCAGUUUGUAGUUGUGGUGAACUGGAAAGGAGUCUUCUUUCAAGACGAGACAGAAGGCGAAUUCCUGCAGCUCUCGUAUCCUGAGGUGUCGAGAAUUGAAAUAGUCAGUGAGGACAGGUCUGGUGGGUUGGUGUGUUUGACGACUCCAAAGGGGAUGUAUGAGCUGAAGAUUGUGAAAGGAAAAGAAUUAGUGGAACUGGUCAACAUGUUCAUCUCAGGCCUUAAAGAGAGAUCCAUGUACGCUGUGGCAAUUCAAGACCUCAGCAGACAAGAGGAUCCCACAUUGCUGAGCUACAGACGAGGCGAUGUGCUGUAUAUCAUAAAGGAUGGAGAAUAUUCUCUCGAAGAAGGGUGGAUAAAAGCAAGGAACGAGAGGACAAGUCAAACUGGGGCAGUUUCCUUAGAUGCAAUUCAGAUUCUGCCCAUGUUGACCAGGCCUACAGAAGAGACACUGAAUUUGCUGAAUUUGAGCCCAGCACGGAGGAAGUCAGUGAUGCCGGUGUUGCCGCAGAAGGAGGAGCUCAGCACAGAGAGAGUGGCCCACAUGACGCUCAAGGAGUUCUCCUUUGAUUAUUUCAGGGAUCCAGUUAAUGAAGGCCGUCGUGGCAAAGGAGGCAAAGAAAAACUGUGGGCCAACAGUAAAGAGCCUCUCAAACAGCCACUGAUCAGGAAUCUGCAGGGCAACUCAGAGCUCUGCCACCUUGCUUCUGACUCCUUCACAGCUAUCCUUAAAUAUAUGGGAGAUUAUCCAGUCAAGCAUGUGAGGACGCCCAUAGAUCUAACAAACCAGAUCUUUGGGCCGGCAACAGCACACGUCGAACUUAGAGAUGAAAUCUACUGUCAAAUAAUGAAGCAGAUGACUAACAACAGAAAUGGGUUGAGUAUGGAACGAGGCUGGCAGCUGUUGUGGCUGUGCUGUGGUCUCUUCCCUCCAAGUCAGUUGUUAUUGAGGCACGCUCAACGUUUUCUGGAGUCCAGACCCAGAGAGCCGCUGGCUUCUGCCUGCCUGCAGAGAAUGCAAGCAAUGCUCAGUAUUGAGGGAAGGAAGUUGCCUCCUCACCAGGUGGAAGUGGAUGCCAUUCAGAAUAACAGCACUCAGAUCUUCCAUAAAGUCCAUUUCCCCAAUGAUACAUCUGAAAUAUUUGAGGUGACCACCACCACAAGGAUCAAAGACUUGUGUCGCAACAUUGCCAAAGACCUCCGUCUGUCCUCACCAGAGGGAUACAGCCUGUUUGUGAAAACCUCCACAAAGGUAGAGAGUAUGAAUUCUGAGGAGUACUUUUUUGACAACCUCAGGCAACUCACAGAUGUUACCAAAAAAGGAAAGAAAGUCAGGGAAGCUACUCCAACUAUUGUCCCGUACCUGGUACUCUUCAUGAGGAAGCUCUGGUUUAAUGUGAUCCCAGGGAAAGAUAUAACUGCUGACUUAAUGUUCCACUUUCCUCAGGAAUUGCCCAAGUAUCUGCGGGGGUACCAUAGUGUGUCUAAAGAGGACAUGAUCGCUCUAGGUGGACUGUUGUUUCGUACUCGGGUUGAUGCAGAUAAGUCUCAGUUUGUCAUGAUCCCCAGAAUGCUGAAAGAACUGGUGCCAGCUGAUCAGCAGAAGAUCAUGACUGCUGAGGACUGGAAAAAGCACAUCAUCAAUUCAUACAACAAGCAGGCAGGCAUGAGUGUAGACGAAGCCAAACUGCAGUUUCUGAAGACAGUCUCACCAUGGCCAACCUUUGGGUGUGCUUUCUUCGAAGUAAAGCAAACCUCUGAGAAGAAUUACCCCAGUGUUAUUAUGAUAUCAAUCAGCAAACAAGGAAUCAGUCUUAUCAACUCAAAGACAAAGGAGGUGCUCGCGGCGCAUCUGUUCAGUAAGAUUACAUCCUGGUCCAGUGGAAGCACCUAUUUUCACAUGACCAUCGGCAACCUGGUGCAGGGCAACACUCUGCUCUGUGAGACCUCACAGGGUUAUAAAAUAAGUGACCUCCUGUCAUCCUACAAGAAUCUGUACGUAUCUGUGUCUGGAUCAUACGCCAGUGGUGCAGCCAGAAAUCAGCGAUUCGCCUGAAUCAUUGUCAAGUACAAUUUUAAUACAUGAUCAUAGCCCUUUUAUUUAAAACAUAUUCCCCAUGAUAAUUGUGGAAAUUGUGGAACAUAAGAUACAAUAUGAAUAACUGCAGGAAAUUAGUUUUCACUUUUUAUUAUGUAGGAAUUAUUAGUAUAUACAACUGUCAGUGAAUCAGCUGUUGCUUGCUGCUUCCUCUUUAUGCAUAUAUAUUUUAAAUAAUUAUUUAUAGGCUUGACUAUUUAUUAUUGUUUCAAUAGUCCACCUUUUCAUUGACUUUGCAUGACAACGUUACACCAGGUGGCAGUGUUUUUGCAGUUUAAUUCUAAUCUGUCUAAUAUUGCUUUGAACAACCAUAUUUUAAAAUAAAAAUGUAAACUUCUAAA